AUGGCUGAUCUGCCAGAAGACCGAGUAAGGUCUAGUAGACCUUUUCUAGUUUCAGGCGUCGAUUUUGCAGGUCCGUUCAAUCUAAAAGACGGUAAACUACGAAAUCGCGCUAUUAUAAAGAGUUAUAUGUGCUUAUUCGUAUGCUUGUCGACCAAGGCAGUGCAUAUAGAGCUCGCAGGCGAUUUAAGCAGUAGUUCAUUUUUAAAUUGUCUAAAAAGGUUUGUGUCAAGACGAGGUAUAUGUACUCGAAUGUAUUCCGACAAUGCAACUAAUUUUGUUGGGGCGAAUAACGAGCUGAAAAAAGUAGAAAACUUUUUAAAAUCCGUGGGACAAGAUAAAGAAUUUUAUAAAUUUUGUCAGCAAUCCCACAUUGACUGGCGGUAUAUUCCUCCUCGAUCACCUCAUCACGGAGGUCUCUGGGAAUCCGCUAUUAAAUCAGCAAAACAUCAUAUAGCGCGGGUUAUAGGUAAUACAAUUUUAACUUUUGAAGACAUGAGCACCGUGCUUACACAGAUAGAGGCGGUUCUAAAUUCCCGACCCCUAACCCCUCUAUCCUCUAAUCCAAAUGACUUCCUUGCUCUUACGCCUGGUCAUUUCCUCAUCGGAGACGCAUUAAACGCACUCCCACAACGAUGUGUGAAAGAAGAGUUGUCAAAUCGUCUAGAUCAAUACCAUUUGAUUCAAAAGAUGUACCAGCAGUUUUGGUCAAGGUGGUCAUCAGAGUAUCUAGCGGUUCUACAGCAACGUAUGAAGUGGAAGAAGUCCUGUCAGAACUUGGAAGUGGGCACUAUGGUCAUUCUGAGGGAAGAAAACGCCGCACCGCUGAAUUGGAAGCUUGGACGGAUCGUCGAGCUUCACCCAGGACAGGAUGGAUUAGUGCGAGUUGUUAGUGUGCGUACUAGUGCCGGAGUGAUAAAGAGGUCGGUACAAAAGUUAUGCGCUCUUCCAAUCGAGGUCGACCCUUCUAAAACCAUCUCAUAG